AUGCCUUCUUUCAUUUCACAGAACAGUACAGUCAGCAUUGAUAGAUCAUGGUGCUGUCGGAUAUUAACAUGCAUUGAUAGCCAACUUAUGGAUUUAUUUGAAAAGCCUAAAGAUAAAUCCAUUCUAAUCGAUAUGAACACAAUAAGUGAAUCACUCUGGCGUGCGUUAGAUGUAGACGAUGAAACAUUAAAUGCUGAAGCUUUGCAUGCUAUUGGAACGCAUAUCUUGCAUAAGCCCUUCGAAUGUCAUCUAAACUGCAUUGUUCGAUUACUUGAAAAAUCUCAGGAAUUAUGGUCUGUCUAUCAAUCAAAUUUUAUCGGAAUUGAGUCUGCCUGGUGUAUAGGGAAUUGUUUAAUAGUUUUAGCAAAAAUCAGAGAAAAGGCUGUGAAUGGUGUGGAUGGAAAUACACUUGACUGGAAUAGACUGAUUCAAACAUGUUGUGAGUUGUGUUCUACAGUGGAUCAAUCGACGAAGGUGAAUCAUGAGGUGAAACGAUCGACAAAAGUUGAAAUUGCAGGAAAAAAUGCGUUGACAGCUGAAUCCGAAUCAGUUAAAACCACUAAUAAUAAUAAUAAUAAUAAUAGCACAGUAGAUGGUGUCAUUAAAAAUCCAGAUGAUCAUCGUUGUGAAAAUGGAGCUAAAGCAUUGGGUUAUGCAUUGGGAGUACUAGCUCCUGGUAUGAUAAAGAAACAAGAAAUAAUUAAUGAAAUGGUUAAGACAUUGUGUCAAGCCUUAGUAUUGGACAAAAUUAACGGAGCUGCAAAAGUUCGUUGGAAUGCAAAUUAUUCAGCUGGCCAUCUAUUUCGUAACAGAUUACUUUGGAGUGAAUUGAUUAAAAAGCAUUUAUCAAUUGAUGAUACUAUUGAAUGCGAGAAGGAUAUUUGGUCAGUUAUUAUGCAUAAAUCUAUUCAUGCUGACACUGAUUCUCAAUUGGAUCCAAUAACAUCUUCGCAGAGUAUACUGGAAUUAAGUGACAUCGUCAAAUAUUUAUGCAAAACAAUAACAUAUGAUAGAUAUUUCAAGGCUCGUGUUCGUGCAGCAAAAUCAUUAUAUGCAAUAUAUGAAUACUCACCGUAUGAUUAUCCUAAUAGUAUAAUUCAUUUAUUUACAACUAUUAUUAUCAAUAAACAAUUAACCAGUAGAACCACUUUAACAAUAAAUGACCUGCCAGUCAUAUGGAUCAUAGAAGCAUGUAUUCAUACUUUAAUUAACACACAGUGUACACUACAAAAAGCUUACAGUAUUACGCAUGAUUUAUGCCCAAGUACAACAAUAACAAUGAAAUCGUCAACACCACUUCAACACCAUUUAACCGAAAAUAAUUAUCGUGAUCAAUCUGUUGUCAUGUCAGUGAUUCUACUCUUUCAAUCUCUAUACUAUUUAUUAGUACUUAUAAAAGAUUUAUCAAUUUCUAGUAACAGCGAGGCUAGAUUUUGUGCUGAAAUGAUAUGUGCGCAGUUGGAAAAUUUAUUCAAUUUAAGCGAUUUAAACAAUCCUGUUGUAAUUGAACAAAUCAAUAAUUUAAUCGAGAUUAGCUUACAGUCAACUGAUGAAUACUUGAAAUGUAUUCAAACAAUAUUUUUCGAUGAAAUUUCAAUGAAAUCUUCCACUAGCCAACAUAAUGUUAAUGAUGCUUAUUAUAAUUAUUAUAAUAGUAUAAACCGUACAAUCGCUAAUGUUGUAAAUUUGUUUAACGAAUACAACAAGUGUGAAACCACAGUGUUCAUGGAAUUGCGCGGUUUGAUGAAGUUUUUAUCCAGUUGUUCUUCAGUCAAUAGUUAUUCAACAGAAGGGUUACAAUCGGCAGUGGAUGAAAAAUAUUUGGAAGGAAGACGAAGAAAAUCAAAGCAAUCUGAUGCCUCAGGAUUUCGACAAGUUUAUGAUUGAAAAUUUUCAAUUACUUUCUCAAUUAGAUUUUAUGUUUGUUGCUUAACUCUUUUCUAACUCGUUUGUUUAUGUGUAUGUGUGGUUAGAUUUCUGAAAUAAUCGUAAUGUAUAUGUAGUUUGUAUUUUUAUGAUAUUGUGAAUGAAAAAAUACCAUCUAUGGGACAAUUUUUUUAUGAAGUAAUAAAACCGAAGAUGCAUUUA